AUGGUCGCAAUGCGCGUUGCCCAGAUGCUGACGGCGCUGCUCAUCCCGGCUGCAGCGCUCAAGACCGGCCGUCACGACGUGUCAUUUGCUUCCCAAACACUCAAGGCCCGAAACGACGUCGGGAAAUGGCAUAUUACGCCGACGCCUCCUCCGAAUCCACGGUUCGCAGCCAUGGCGAUCAAGAGACAAGAAGGCGGCCCGACGUGCGGAUACUACGAGUACAAUAGCGAGGCGUUUGAUUGCUAUACCGACCAGGCCUGCGUGACAAAGGACGGCUAUUUUGGUUGUACAGCAGGCUCGCAGCCCUUCACGGCUUGUCUUGACGCCUUCAACUCGUUGUGCAGCCAGACCGCUCAGGGCCUCGGCACUCUCUGUUGCAAUUUCAACACCGACUUCCCCCUUUGCGUAACCGCCCUCAAACCAAUCACCGACAACAGCCUCUCUACCACCAUCACCGGCUUCCGUUGCGGCAACAACCGCGCCAAGGGCAUCAAGCUUGUCCUCGAGACCAAGGGCCAACCGACGACACCGCAGACCGCAACGUCAGCUCCAACCUCGACCUUGUCUUCGGAUUCAACCACAACGACGCCAACCUCUACCACCCAAAACGUCCCCGCAAAGACCACCACGAUGGGCCCCUCUCCUGUCCCUUCGUCCGCCACUCCCGUCGGCGCCAUCGUCGGUGGUGUCAUUGGCGGCCUUGCCGUCAUAGGCUUUACCAUGCUCGGCAUCGCCUGGAUCUGGGUGCGCAAUCGUCGGGAAAGGGGCAGCGGCUCUUCUGGGGCGCCAGGCCUGAUGAACCAGCCAUAUACAUACACCCCGAUGCCUCCCGCGGGCGUCCCAUCAGAGUCUCGGCCCCCUCAGGCGCAGUCCUCCUAUGACAUGACAUCCUACAAGGGCUUCUACCGCCAGUCGAUCGUCGACUCACUCGACCAUGAGAGUCACUAUCACUCGGCUCCCACCGUGGCAGUCUUCACCCCGACGGCCUCCGAAGGCCUGUACCAGUCAAUGACCGCGGCCCACGGUAUUGUACCUGAUGACCACCAGCUUUUGUCUGUAGUACACUCCAGCAGCCCGGUGGGGGUCGGCGAGAACGCCAUGGAGCUCCCUUCGGAGAGGUAUGACCGAUAUCAAAGAUGA